UUUCAUUACUUCAUUCACUGUUAAUUUUUUUUUUAAAAGAAAUUACCCAAUUUAAUACCCCACCUGGGCUACCACUAUAUAUAGCUCUCUUGACACAAUCUCAAAUCACACAACACAAAAUUACUACAACAAAAGCUUCUUCUUACAUUUUAUACAAAUAAGCUCUUUUUUUUUAAAAUGGCUUCUAAUUUUCAAUUUUUCCUGAAAAUCUUUCUUAUUUUAUCAAUUUUUGAGCUAUCUUUAGCUGCUAGAAAUCUAAAUGAGCUUGUUCAAGAUGAAUCUCAGCUACUUCACUACCACAAUGGUCCUUUGCUUUAUGGCAAAAUCUCCGUAAAUCUGAUUUGGUAUGGUCAGUUUAAGCCAUCCCAAAAAGCCAUAAUCACUGAUUUUUUUACAUCACUCUCUUCUCCAAUUUCACAACCAAACAAACCUUCAGUUUCUUCAUGGUGGAAAACCACUGAAAAAUACUACCAUUUAACCUCAAAGAAAAAAUCAAGUCAGCUUUCUCUUUCUCUAAGUAAGCAAAUUCUUGACGAGAAUUACUCACUUGGAAAAUCCUUAACAAACAAAAACCUGGUCGAAUUAGCUUCCAAAGGUGACCACAAAGACUCCAUCAAUGUUGUUCUAACAUCCUCUGAUGUCUCUGUAGAAAGAUUCUGUAUGGAUCGUUGUGGAACACAUGGUUCUUCUUAUUCACCAUCACCUUUUAAAGGAAAAACAUACAAAUUUGCUUACAUUUGGGUUGGAAAUUCAGAAACUCAAUGUCCUGGUCAAUGUGCUUGGCCAUUUCAUCAACCUAUUUAUGGACCUCAAAGUCCACCUUUGGUUUCUCCAAACAAUGAUGUUGGUGUUGAUGGAAUGGUGAUAAAUUUGGCUAGUCUUUUAGCUGGUACUGCAACAAACCCUUUUGGAAAUGGGUUUUUUCAGGGUCCUUCUGAAGCUCCUCUUGAAGCUUCUUCUGCUUGUCCUGGUGUUUAUGGUAAAGGUGCUUACCCUGGUUAUGCUGGUGAUUUGCUUGUUGAUUCUACAACUGGUGCUAGUUACAAUGCUCAUGGUGAUAAUGGAAGGAAAUAUCUUCUUCCUGCUUUGUAUGAUCCUUCUACAUCUAAAUGUUCAACACUUGUUUGAAUCAACUUGAAGGAUUAAUUAGUAUAGUUACUCUACCACUUCUUGUUGUACAAAUAAGAAAUUAUUAUGUUAUGUAGGAUUAAUUCAUUUAUUUUUUUAUAUCUUUAAAUUAUGCUGAAUUUUGUAAUGAUAAACAACAAGCAAAUGUACUUUUGUUUGCUUUUUAUUAAAUAUAUAUUGUUAUUUUUAGUAGUA